AUGGGCCUCGCCCCUGACACUCACAAUCACCACCAACAGUCAAGACCCAUCAUGGGCCUCGCCCCUGACACUCACAAUCACCACCAACAGUCAAGACCCAUCAUGGGCCUCGCCCCUGACACUCACAAUCACCACCAACAGUCAAGACCCAUCAUGGGCCUCGCCCCUGACACUCACAAUCACCACCAACAGUCAAGACCCAUCAUGGGCCUCGCCCCUGACACUCACAAUCACCACCAACAGUCAAGACCCAUCAUGGGCCUCGCCCCUGACACUCACAAUCACCACCAACAGUCAAGACCCAUCAUGAGCCUCGCCCCUGACACUCACAAUCACCACCAACAGUCAAGACCCAUCAUGAGCCUCGCCCCUGACACUCACAAUCACCAACAACAGUCAAGACCCAACAUGAGCCUCGCCCCUGACACUCACAAUCACCACCAACAGUCAAGACCCAACAUGAGCCUCGCCCCUGACACUCACAAUCACCAACAACAGUCAAGACCCAACAUGAGCCUCGCCCCUGACACUCACAAUCACCAACAACAGUCAAGACCCAACAUGAGCCUCGCCCCUGACACUCACAAUCACCAACAACAGUCAAGACCCAACAUGAGCCUCGCCCCUGACACUCACAAUCACCAACAACAGUCAAGACCCAACAUGAGCCUCGCCCCUGACACUCACAAUCACCAACAACAGUCAAGACCCAACAUGAGCCUCGCCCCUGACACUCACAAUCACCAACAACAGUCAAGACCCAACAUGAGCCUCGCCCCUGACACUCACAAUCACCAACAGAGAGCGUCAGAUCAAUGA